AAGUAAUUACGUUCAAUAUUUACUUUCUGCUUUUAUAUUUAACAUUUCUUGUUGUAGUAGCUUGAUUGUGUCAACCUCCGUAGUGGACACAGCCUUUCUCCAGUUCUCCAGACGUUGCCAGAGAAUUCUGAGACUCAGUGCAGAGGAGACGCAGUAAGAGUCCACUGAUCUCUUAGUCUCCUCCCACUCUCCCUCCUCCUCCUCCUCCUCUUCUCUGUGUCCACUCCUCCGUUGUUCCUCAGACUUUGUGAGUCCUCUCGUAGUUCCUCGUCAGUUCCGAUCUCUCUGCCCUUCUCGACCUCUCUCGCCCUUGCUCCGUCCAGUCCGCUCCGUUGGCUAUGAUGAGGAUACUCGCUCUGCAGGUCUUGUGUCUGGUGGGCACCUUGAUGCUCUGCAGAGCAGGUCAGGACAGAGAAUGUGACAACUUCACUGACCUGGACUUCCACGAUUCGUUCAUCGGGACCAACCUGUACGUGAGGCUGCUGCUCUACACCCGAGCCAACUUGGAGUGUGGCCAGGAGCUGUCCCAUCAUUGCUUCACUGCCCAGCCGCUCUUCAACCUGUCCCGCUCCACGGCCUUCGUCAUCCAUGGCUACAGGCCCACGGGGGCGCCGCCAAUCUGGAUCGACCACUUAGUGCACCUGCUGGCCAGGCAGGAGGACAUGAACAUCGUGGUGGUGGACUGGAACCGUGGCGCUGCUAACCUGAACUACUUCACAGCGGUCACCAACACACGCAGGACAGCGGCCAACAUCACAGGCUUCAUACAAAGAAUGCAGGUGAGCUGCAGCACGCACCCCAUGAAUAUUUCUUUAUGGUCCUUAAAAGCUUCAUUUUGCCCUUAUAGAUUUCAUUUUUGCUUUGUUCAUUUCAACUUUGUGUUUCAGGAGGAGGGAGCAUCCCUGGACUCUGUCCACCUGAUUGGGGUCAGCCUAGGAGCACAUGUGGCAGGGUUCAUUGGGGCCAUGCUGGGAGGAAAGGUCGGCAGAAUCACAGGUCUGGACCCUGCAGGACCCAUGUUUGCAGGAGUGCCUCCUGAGGAGCGCCUGGAUCCCACUGACGCUCAGUUGGUAGAUGUCCUGCACACCGACAUGGAUGGCUUCGGUCUCAGGGGGGCUCAUGGCCAUAUUGACUUCUAUGCCAACGGCGGAUCAGACCAACCAGGAUGUCCCAAGACCAUCUUCUCAGGAAAGGCCUAUUUUGUGUGUGACCACCAGCGGUCGGUGUUCCUCUACCUGUGCGCUCUCAACCACACCUGCAACCUCACAGCCUACCCCUGCUCCUCCCACACGGACUUCCUGAAUGGACAGUGCCUCCAAUGUGAAGCCUUUAAGCCCGCAUCCUGUCCAGUAUUGGGCUACGACCUGAGUCCCUGGAGGGACAAUCUGUUAAAGCUUGGACAGACCAGGGCCUUCUUUUCAACCACGAGCGAACUUCCAUACAGCAAGACCAGCUACAGGGUGGAUAUCGUCACAUGGAACCAGUACCUGCGCUGGGGAGUGGUCAUCCUCCGCCUGCACAGCGGGAAAAAUGUGAUGGAAACCAGGAUGGACAAUAAGCUGUACAGAUUUGAGCAGUACACAUCCACCCGACUGCUGGCUCAGUUCGAUGAGGACCUGUACCCAAUUCAGAAGAUCUCUCUACGGAUCGUCACGGGGAAUGUGAUCGGACCGCGUUACAAACUGCGUCUGCUGCGCAUCAGGAUAACUCCCCUCAACCAGCCAGACAGGGCGCUGAUGUGCCGCUAUGACAUCGUCAUGGAGGAGAACAUGGAGGUGUCCUUCAGGCCCAUCCCCUGCAAUGAGUCCAACGCGUGAGGCGCUGUCCGCCCAACGCCGCUAUGUUCAUACCACUGCCAUAAUAACAAUCACAGUUACCCUUUCUCCAUGCAUCAGCACAGACAGACCAGACUCUGGGGUCACGCUGUCCUGGGCUCUUGAGAACCAAAGAACUACUACACAGCAUAUUUUGAAGGUUGAUGUGGACCUGACUGACAGCUGAGAUGACAAGACUGUUAUGAGAAGACUGUGUCUUUGAGCAAAGUCUGCUUUGGAGCCCCUCUUUGUGCCUUAAUGUUUCUGCCAAUAUCCACUGAAUCCUUUUUUUCUAUCAGUAAAUGGAUCUAGCAAGGAGAGAUCAGGUGUGACUAAUAUAAGUCACAAGAUGAACCAAACAUCACUGUAUGGUUGUCGCACACAGUGAGCGAUUUGAAAAACUCGAGUGCACUUUAUUUAAAAUAAAUCUUAUGGCUUCCUACUUCAAAGACUUUAGUUAUGGUUUGUAA